GGCCUCGACAUUACAGUAUUUCACUGGACUGAGGCCUGUCGCCGAUAGCUUCCGCGUUUCUGCUCAAAGACGUCUGACGCAAGGUCCCGGAAGUCUCCAGGCAAGAAGAAUGAACUUCACAACCGCCCAGGCAUCGGGAACCAGUCCGAGAGGCAGCGGUGGUACUGCAGCUGAGACGAAGGAAAAGUACACUCUGAAGACGGCAGGAGGCGGCACCUACAAAGUUGCUGGAGGAGAAAAUAUCAAUUUUGCAACUGCUUCAGCGUAUCCUCUCUUCCGACUGGGAUCUUCAGCAUUCGUGUCAGGCAAAUUGGCAAAUUUCCGAAAGAGGCCAGAGCAGCCGAUCAUCCUCUAUGAGUUCCAGGGCUGCCCCUUCUGCUCAAAGGUUCGGGAAGCUACCACAAUCUUGGAUUUGGACGUCCUCUUCUAUCCCUGCCCCAAGGAUGGCCCAACAUGGCGACCAAAGGCCAAGGAGAUGAGCGGCAAGAGCCAAUUCCCUUUCAUGAUCGACCCCAACAACAACGACAAGCAGAUGCUGGAGUCUGAUGCCAUUAUAAGCUACCUCUGGAAUGAGUACGGAGAUGGAGAGGUGCCGCUUCAGUUCAAGCUGGGUCCACUGACAGUGCUGAGCAUUGGCCUUGGACUGCUCCCGCGUGGAGGCAAGGGCACAUCAUACCGCAAAUCGCGCAUCCCCGAGAAGCCCAUUGAGAUCUGGGGCUACGAGGCGUCCCCCUUUGUCAGAAUGGCAAGAGAGGCUUUGGUGGAGCUGGAGCUGCCUCACCUGUACCACUCUGUGGCGCGCAACAGCCCCAAGCGGCCCUUCCUGACUGAGAAGUGGGGCAGCUUCCAGGUGCCAUACAUCGAGGACCCCAACACAGGGACUGCUAUGUUCGAGAGUAAUGAGAUCAUCAAGUACCUGAAUGACACCUAUGCUGUCUAAGUUGAUCUAAAUUGCGGGAGGCGGGAGGUGUCAUGCAUUAAUUCAAUUCUUUCUGGCAGUCACUGAGCGUGCACAAUGUGCAAACAUCAGAUAGUCUUUCAGCUCGCUGCAACUUUUGUUUUUGUCCUGUCCAGACUUACUGCAGGGUCAGAUCAUGCAUGUAAAAUUACUUUGC